AUGAAAUCACGAGGUCAAAUCGUUGCUUUCGGUACGGCGAUCAUCGCGUACACCAUAGUUUUGACGCAUUCUACGACGGUCGCGACAGAAACCAAAGAGCUUGUUUUCACCGUCCUUUCCUUUUCUCUUUAGAAGGUGACCCUGCCCCAAGGCUGUGUGGAGUCCAUCUGUGGAAGCGUGGUCUCGAAAUGCCUUUUAACACAAUCCUGUAAAUGUGGUCCAAACCCUGCCGUCAAUAACAUCACAUGUGCGCGGGAUUGUUUCUACUGCCUCGACUACCUCUACACCGAAUGCUGCUCGUGCGUAGAUGUCUGCAGAAAAGACAACGCGAACAGCUUCUCCCUAAAUCAGAAGUCGAACGUUGAAGAUCUCCCUGAACCGGUGCCCGCCCUGUUCCAAAUGCUCAUGGAAAGUCCUGAAACAUCGCAGGGCCGAUGGACGUCGCUCUCGUUCCCAUCUCACCACACUGUGAUCGGGUUGAACAAGGAUCUGCAUUUCGUUCGAAUCAGUCCGCAUCCUGUCGGGGCCAAUGGUUCGAUCGAUGGAACUCCUUCACCGAUCGACAUAAAUCCGACGUACGAUUCGAACGCCAAAAGCGAUGAUGUCAACUGUACGGUGGCCUUCAUGAAAACCUGUCUCUCCCUCAAUAAAUGCCGUGAAGACUGCAUGAGUCUCGGAGCUUCGAGCUAUCGAUGGUUUCACGAUGGCUGCUGUGAAUGUGUUGGCAGCACUUGCCUAAACUACGGACUGCACGAAGGUCGCUGCCAGCAGUGCCCAAUUAGCAAAGACAUGCUCCAUAACUCCGUGGAGCCCGACGAUGAAAUCGUCAUACCCAACCCUUACGGCGAGGCGAGCGUGCCCGAUGUAGCGUUGGAAGCUCACGUGGUCCCCGCGAUAGAGGAGCGGACAACGCAGCAAGCCACCUCGGAGGCCGAGAAUCACUCUACACCUCCAACACCGCCGCCGCCUCAACUCAAAAUCCCCUCGGUGCUCGCCGGCUCAUCCACGGAGUCGAGGACUCAAUUGCAUAAAGCCGACGACAACAGCCUGAUGGAUAACUCGCAUGUGUAAAACAGGAAGGUGCUUCAACUUGAGCACAACGAACCACUGUAGAAUGUAUAUAUGAAGAAUCAGCCGUUAGUUACGGAGUUCCCGAGGAGUAUUUAUUAUUUAUAAUCAAGGACGCUGGUCAGGCUCAGGUCCGGGAGCCGAGAGAGCGGGACACCAGCGAGGAACAGACCGGGGAAGUUCUGUCGCUAAGGAACUCAUUUUGUAGAAAAACUCGAGAAUAUAGAGACGCUCCCGGCCCCGUCGGUGCCUAGUUGGAGCAUCGAGCCUCGUCACUACACUCGGCGCAAUUUUGGCGGGAUACCUGAAAUGACACCUCCCGAUGUUGCCUCCGGAAGUUCACCGGCAGCCGUGUCCGGAAAAGUCUCAGACGAGUCUUAGACGUCAUUGUAUUUAUUGUCUGAAUAUUAGUUGUAUUUUACUUGCCAGAAGACGCGGAUUGAGAACUUUGUUGUGUCUUUUCUAAUGUGUGCUAUAGUUUUGUAAGUUCAGAAUGCGAUGUCGAAUAAAUGAAUUGACUGGAUAAAAGAACGAAAUUGAAAG